GAAAAACGCAGAGAGCUGAAAUUUGAUGGUCGCCUAGAAAAAGAGCUUUCUGAAACCUAUGCAUUUCUGAUGGUUGAUCGACCUGAGAUCCAAAGCAUAUGCGAGAAGGGGCUGCAGGUGGGCCACUCCAAAAUAACAAUUCUUGGCAGCCCUUCCAUGGGUGUAUAUAUCUCCAGGUAUGCUGAUUUAUUGCAGCCUAAUCCUCUAGAAGCUGGAGCAACUGGAGAUGUGAUUGUUUUUAAAAUAAUAAAGGGAAAAAUGAAAAGCAUCUAUGACCACAUCGGUAUGAAAGCAAUGGACUCAACAGUAAAGAGUGCAUUAGAUCCAACACCAAAGCAUGAGUGUCAUGUUUCAAAGAAUGCAAAUAAAGUAACCUCCUUGUUGGCUUAUCGAGCCUAUGAACUUACUCAGUACUAUUUUUAUGAAUAUGGCUUUGAUGAGAUAAGGCGAAGACCAAGACAUGUUUGUCCUUAUGCUGUGGUUUCAUUUACUUACAAAGAUGAAAUGGUGCAAGUACCAAAAUUCUUGCCCCCGUCAAGAUCAAACAGCUUCAACACAGAUAGAAGUACAGAUAAAAGUAACUAUACAUUAUGGAGGGGACAGCUUUGGAAUAAAGGCAAACUUUUGUGCCACGUUUCCUUGAAAUCAGCAGCACGUCCUUUCCUUCCAUGCAAGCUUCCUGAGAAGCUUGAGGUUGAAAAAGUUGUGAGCAUUGAUCAAUUGAAGAAAAAAAUAUCACCAGCAUUGUUCUAUAAAGAAACUUACCUAGGAGCAAAAGAAGUGUUGAAGAACGGCAUGUACUGUAGCCUUUAUGAAGUUGUGGAGAAGUCCCGUUCUGGUAGUCACUUGGAGGGUUUACUUCAAAAGCUGGAGAAAGAGAAACUUGUUCUUGUGAAACCACUUCUGGACAGAGGAUUUCUUUUUCUUCUUUCUCCUUGGCAAAUGAUGUCCCCUUACGACCACCAAACUGGACGGCCCCGCAUGCUACAUGCAUUGUUUCUGUUUCCAGAACCUAGAGGUAUAAUGAGCUCAAGUAAUGUUCCAUUUGGAACACAGAAAAAUUCAACUACCAUGGUGUUGCACGAAAAUCAGGAAAUCAUUCCAGAAUUCACAAAGUUUAUUCAGUCUCUACAUUUUGCUUUAAUCCAGUCUCGUAAAGACGCUACUGCAGAUUUCAAUGCUGUUGUGGAAAAGUAUAUAAAUGAGUAUUUGAAAAGAUGCUGUAGUGGCUCUGGAAAAUAUAGAGAAUUUGUAUUAUAUCGGUAUGAAUCACGGUUGGAUGACAAAAAAUUUCUUUAUUCUGCUCCAAAAAAUAAAUCUCAUAUUGACAGCUCCUUGCAAAACUAUAUUUUUGGUUGUGAGGCAUAUCAACUACCUGUUUCUAGAGCUAAGGAAUUGAUGGAGGGAAAUCGGAAACUUCAACAGUUCAGUCCCAUCUCAGAUUAUGAAGCCACAGAAGAAGACUCUGAUUUUGCCAACGCAAAAAGCGGGAAGAGAAUCCGUGCAAAAUAUGAAGCCACAGCUGCCAAGCGAAAACUGCCUCAUUCUGGAGAUUAUGAUCCCGAUAGACUCAAAGAACUUAUUAACUUAAUCCAAUGUAGGAAAAAAAAUGUAGGUGGAGAUUCUGAUUCUGAAGACCUUAGAAGUAAAGGUGGUCUGAAAAGGAAGCUGGAAAAACAGUCUGAAAAUUUGCGGAAAUACUUAAAAAUGAGUGAAUCUUCAGAGAAUAGUUGUCAUCUAACCUCGGAUUCGCCACACUCUGUUUUCUCAAUUAAUACUGGUCUUGGUGGACAUGAUACUGACUUGAGGCAGCAAGAUGUAUCCGACCCUGCUGUUACUGACAGACAUGGCCUCAUUAAACUGCUUUUAGAAACACUAGCUAGUGCAGGACACUUGGAUUCAUCGUUGGCACGGUCUGUAAAUCAAGCUUUAGGAUUAAGCACUGAUGAAAUUGAAGAGGAUAUGAGACAAAAAUAUGAAUAUGAAUCCAUUCCAGCACAGGACAAAGAUGAUCAUGAGCUUCCUAAUACUGCUCAGGCUGAAAAUGUUAACUUUAAGGACCCACAGAGCCCAGUGAUACUGGAAACCGAUGCGGCAUGCUUACCCUACCCUGUUGAUGUUGAUCUACGGCUUUCAGCUAAUGAAGUAGGCCUUGAACACACGCUCCGUUUAAAAGAAGCAAGCACUGGAAGUGUAAGUAGUUUUGAAGACUACAGUCCCUGUCCUAGUACACCUAUAGAACAUGUUUAUCGCAGGCAACAUUCCAACUCAAAUAAUAUAGGAGAAGUUGGAAUGCACUGGAAGCUUAUUCCAAUUACAGGUAAGAUGGGAAGAGUUCAGUAGGAUCAGCUGUAAAAACAUGAAGAUAAACAAACAGACACACAAAAGGGGACAGCAGAAGAUGGACUUUAUACAAGACAAGUGGAGAAACUUGAAGAUCAGUGUGGGCUAGCAGAUCACCCUUUUACAACUAGGCAUUCCAUUAGUGCAAUAAUAGAGACUAUACUAUUAGAAGAAUAUAAUCUCUUUGCAAGAAAGAUUCAGGAAAUUUUGCAGCAAAAGAAUAUUGCUUAUGUUAGUGGUAUGUCCACACCGGUCUUCUCUGCCCGAGAGAGGAUAAUGAGACUUUCUGAAUACAUAUGUUUACAGGCAUCAGAGAUUUCUGUCCAAGAAUAUAUAGAGACACUGAGUGAAAAGUUGAAUAGUGUUAUUUUGUCCUCUUCGUGCAUUAGGCAUACUCCACCAAUUUACUCUAGUCCUGAAUCAGCAGAAGCGGUUGGUAACGCUGCACUGAAUCCUCCACCCGACACUGUUUGCAGGGACUCUAACACGGCACUGUUAUCAGAGCCAUUGUGUAAUAACGUGGUGGAAGAUCUGGAUUCUAAUGAGCAGCGUUCUUCAAGCUUACCCUUAGUGAAGGAGGAAAUAGAUCACGUGAAUGCUAAAACAGAGGAUAUGUUGACAUCUGAUCAGACCUCUUCCAGUGGUGAUCUGAUGGAGCCACCAGAAAAGACACAGAAAUCCCCAGAGAACUUAAACAUUUCAACCCAACCAGCCCUGUCUGAUUUUAUAAGCCAGUUAAAACCUGAAGUAUUUAACAGUUUGGUCAAAAUUAUUAAAGAUGUACAAAAAAACACUGUGAAGUUUUAUAUUCAUGAAGAGGAGGAAAGCAUUCUCUGCAAAGAAAUCAAGGAGUAUCUCACAAAGUUAGGUAAUACAGAGUGCCAUCCGGAACAGUUCCUUAAAAGAAGAGCUGCUUUAGAUAAACUGUUGAUAAUUAUCCAAAAUGAAGACAUUGCCAACCUCAUCCAUAAGAUACCUGGCUUAGUAACUUUGAAGAGGCUUUCUUGUGUCAGCUUUGCGGGUGUCGAUAGUUUGGAUGAUGUGAAAAAUCACACUUACAAUGAAUUGUUUGUGUCUGGUGGUUUUGUUGUGUCAGAUGAAUCUGUCCUUAAUCCAGAGUCCAUCACUACAGAUAAACUAAAACAGUUCUUAAAGUUUCUGGAGGAUCUCAAUACCCCAGAUGGGAAAUGGCAGUGGAAAGUCCACUGCAAAAUACAAAAAAAACUUAAAGAGCUGGGGAGAAUGAAUGCUAAUGCCCUGAGUCUGCUGACCCUUCUGAAUACCUAUCAAAAGAAGCACUUGGUUGAGAUUCUGUCUUACCAUAACUGUGAUUCUCAAACUCGAAAUGCUCCAGAAUUAGACUGUCUUAUCAGGCUGCAGGCUCAAAACAUACAGCAGAGACAUGUUGUCUUCUUAACAGAAAAGAAUCUCAAAACACUUUCAAAUUAUGUUGAUAAUGGAAUAGUGGUUGCUACUGUUGAUGACUUUAUGCAAAAUUUUGAAAGUCUCGUUGGGUAUCACAACUCUGUUACUGAAGAAAACAGCCUUCCUCCCUCUGAUGCUCACAAAAGACAAUCAGUUCUUGUAGAAAAUGAUGAAAAGGAUGAGGAGGACAUGUCUCUGGAUUCAGGGGAUGAAACAUCACAAAUAGAAAUCUGCAAUGAUGCCUCUGACACUUAUUUGGAAACUUUGCAGACAGAAGCCAAGGGCUCACAUGGAGUAGAUGCAAAAGAAAGCUGCUUAUCAGUUACAGAGCCAUCUCCUGAAGCACAAAUGGGCUCGAUGGAAAAGACUUCUAAAAUUGACUUGGAAGAGAUACAACCAAUUACUCCAGUUUCUACAGCAUGCUCUGCUGAAGGAGAAAAACACAAUUCAGUUGAACAAGCUCCUUUCAAUAACUUACAAGUUUAUAGUAGACAACUAAACAUGUCCCAUCAGUUCAGUCACUUUAAUGUACUCACUCAUCAGACUUUUCUGGGAACAACAUACCCAAUUUCUUCUGCAAGUCAAAACCAAGAAGGGGGCAAUUAUUUUCUGUCUGCUUACAGUCAGAGCAUGGAUACAGAAAAGUCAUCAUCGCCUGGUGGUUGGGAUAUAAAUUGUGAUUCCUCCAGGCCAUAUUCAAAACAGAAAUAAACUCGUAAGUCUCUUUUUAUAAGUUGCUGUGGACUUUCUGUUUCUAAAAUGGUGGAUUAACAAUUUCUAUUUUAUUCUGGAACAAAAUGUUUCUUGUCCUUUAUCUCAAAUGUUUUCUUGUCUUAUUUAAAUCCUGAUGGCCUGUACCUGUUAGAAGCAUCUGAAAAUUGAAAUAAAUAUAUUUUUUAACAUUUACUGUACUUGAAUUAUCUUGUUUGUUGGCAC